CAAAAAUUUCUUCUCAUUUCUUGCAUUUCCCCGUUUUCUUCCUUGGAAAAAAACAAACCGUCCGCUUCUCUUGGUGUAUGGUGCACUGGAUCAAAUAUUUCGCCUCUCGAGGAAACCCUAGUUCGAUCCCGCACUCCCAGAAUCAAUCCUCCGAAAUGGCUUUCGUUGGACCUCGAUCACCCUCAAUUUGCACAACUUAAUUAGGCUCGGUUCCUAUUUUUAGCUGGGGAGGAACCGUUUCGAUCAUCGCCAUGUUUGAAGCUCACGUUCUGCAUUUGCUUCGAAGAUACUUGGGGGAAUAUGUUCAUGGUCUCUCAUUAGAGACUUUAAGAAUCAGUGUUUGGAAAGGUGAUGUUGUCCUCAAAGAUUUAAAACUCAAGGCAGAGGCACUGAACGCUUUAAAUCUUCCAGUUACUGUCAAAGCUGGUUUUGUGGGCACCAUAACUUUGAAGGUUCCUUGGAAAAGUUUAGGUAAAGAACCUGUAAUUGUUCUCAUUGAUCGUGUAUUUGUUCUUGCUCACCCAGCUCCUGAUGGCCGGACUCUCAAGGAGGAGGAUCGGGAAAAACUUUUUCAAGCUAAAAUUCAACAAAUUGAGGAAGCAGAAUCAGCAACUCUUGAGGCAAUGUCGGGGUCAAAUCUGGUAAGUCCUCCUCCUGGAAAUUCGUGGCUUGGUUCUUUGAUUUCUACAAUAAUUGGAAAUCUGAAGAUAUCUAUCAGCAAUGUACAUAUCAGAUAUGAGGAUUGUGUCAGUAAUCCAGGCCAUCCGUUUGCUUCUGGUGUUACCCUUGCUAAGCUUGCCGCUGUUACUAUGGAUGAGCAGGGAAAUGAGACCUUUGAUACUAGUGGUGCUCUGGAUAAGUUGCGUAAGUCUUUGCAACUGGAGAGGCUUGCUAUGUAUCAUGAUUCGGAUAGCCUGCCUUGGAAUAUGGAUAAGAAAUGGGAAGAUCUUAGUCCUAAAGAAUGGAUUGAGGUGUUUGAAGAUGGUAUAAAUGAACCUGCUGCUGAUUGUAAAGUGGUUUCUAAGUGGGCUAUGAAUCGCAGUUACCUGGUGUCACCAAUCAAUGGAGUACUUCAGUAUCAUCGACUUGGAAAUCAAGAAAGAAAUAAUCCAGAUAUUCCUUUUGAGAAGGCUUCUCUUGUCUUAAGUGAUGUCUCCUUAACUAUUACAGAGGCACAAUAUCAUGAUUCGAUAAAAUUUUUAGAAGUUAUUUCAAGAUAUAGGACAUAUGUUGAAAUUUCUCAUUUAAGACCUGUGGUGCCAGUUUCGAAGGAGUCUUGUAUUUUGUGGUGGCGUUAUUUCGCUCAGGCUGCACUGCAACAGAGAAAAAUGUGCUACCGAUUCUCAUGGGAUCAAAUUUGGCACAUGUGCCAGCUCCGUCGACGUUACAUUCACUUGUAUGCCAGUUUGCUACAACAGUUAUCAAAUGUUGACAACUCAGAAAUUAGAGACAUUGAGAAAGAUCUUGACUCGAAAGUUAUUCUUCUAUGGAGGUUACUUGCACAUGCCAAGGUUAAAUCUGUAAAGUCAAAGCAAGCAGCUGAACGAAGGAGGCUUCAGAAGAAAAGUUGGUUUUCAUUGGGAUGGCGUACACAAUCUGAAGAUGCAUCUGAUGGGGAAGCUUUGGAUGGAUCACAGUUAAAUGAGGAAAGGCUGAGUAAAGAAGAAUGGCAGGCAAUCAAUAAGUUACUUAGUUACCAGCCCGAUGAGGAAUUAAUGUCACAUUCAGCGAAAGACAUGCAGAACAUGAUCCGACUUUUGGUAACUGUAUCCAUUAGUCAAGCUGCUGCGAGGAUCAUCAAUAUAAACCGGACGGAGAUUGUUUGUGGUAGAUUUGAAGAACUUCAUGUUUCAGCAAAGUUUAAACAUCGCAGUACCCAUUGUGAUGUAAGGUUAAGAUUCUAUGGUCUGUCAGCCCCUGAAGGUUCACUUGCUCAGAGUGUCUGCAGUGAGAAAAAGGUGAAUGCAUUAACUGCUAGUUUUGUACACUCACCAGUAGGAGAGAAUGUUGAUUGGAGAUUGUCGGCUAUAAUAUCCCCCUGCCAUGUUACGGUUUUCAAGGAAAGUUGUGAUCGCUUUUUUGAUUUUGUGAAGAGGAGUAAUGCUGUUAGUCCAACUGUUGCACUGGAAACUGCUACUGCAUUGCAGACAAAGAUCGAAAAAGUGACUCGUAGAGCACAGGAGCAGUUUCAGACAGUGUUAGAGGAACAAAGCAGAUUUGCUCUGGACAUUGACCUUGAUGCUCCAAAAGUCACCAUUCCUCUAAGGACACGUGGUUCUUCCAAGUGUGAUAGCCAUUUUCUUUUGGAUUUCGGUCAUUUUACGUUGCAUACCAUGGAGAAGCAGUCUGAUGUACAGAGGCAGAAUCUCUAUUCUCGUUUCUACAUAUCUGGAAGGGAUAUUGCUGCUUUUUUUACAGAUUGUGGUUCUGAUUGUCAGAACUGCACCUUGGUCCAACCAAAUUCUAAUAAACAAUCAGUAAUGAUGUCUCCUGGGUUGGAGAAGGUUGACCAUUUCUAUUCUCUUAUUGAUAGGUGUAGAAUGGCAGUAGUUGUUGAUCAGAUUAAAGUUCCUCACCCAAGUUACCCAUCAACACGUGUUUCUGUUCAAGUGCCAAAUCUUGGCAUUCACUUUUCACCAGCAAGAUACUGCAGACUUAUGGAACUCAUGGAUGUAUUAUAUGUUGCUAUGGAUCCCAGUGUUCAGCCUGGUGUAGUUGAUUUGCAAGCUGGAGCCGCUCCUUGGAGUGCUGCAGAUCUUGCUACUGAUGCUAAAAUCCUAGUUUGGCGGGGUAUUGGAAACUCUGUUGCUUCAUGGCAGCCCUGUUUUGUUGUAUUAUCUGGAUUCUAUCUUUAUGUCUUGGAAUCUGAAAAAUCUCAGAACCACCAGCGGUACUUGAGCAUGUCUGGAAGACAGGUGCAUGAGGUCCCAUCAACAAAUAUUGGAGGGUCUCCAUUUUGUAUUGCUGUGAGUUCAAGAGGCAUGGACACUCAAAAGGCUUUGGAGUCUUCAAGUACCUGGGUUAUCGAAUUCCGAGGGGAGGAAGAGAAGGUUACUUGGUUGAGAGGACUUAUACAAGCCACAUAUCAAGCCUCUGCUCCUCCAUCUGUUGAUGUACUUGGAGAAACAAGUGAUGGUAUAAGUGAAUCUGAUGAUCCUCAAACGAGAAAUUCAAAAGCUGCUGACCUUGUUAUUAAUGGGGCAGUUGUGGAGACAAAGUUAUGCAUAUAUGGAAAGACCGGAGAAUGUGUUGCAGAGAAACUAGAAGAGCGUCUGAUUCUUGAGGUUCUUGCUAGUGGUGGAAAGGUGAAUAUGAUUAGUUUGGGGAGUGACCUAGUGGUGAAGACGAAGCUGCAUUCUUUGAAAAUUAAUGAUGAGCUUCAAGGUCGUCUGUCGGGCAAUCCACAGUACUUAGCCUGCUCUGUGCUGAAAAUGGACAGUUCACUUCAAUCUGAUCGAAGUUGUGAUCCUCGUGGAACUGAGAUGUCUGUGGUGCACCCAGAUGAUGAUGAUACUUUCAAGGAUGCUCUGCCAGAAUUUAUGUCUCUGACAGAUUCUGAUGCUCUUUCACAAUAUAUGGAUAUGAAGGAUGCCUCUGGAUUUGAGUCUGCUGAAUUGUUAAUUCAUGAAAAGGAUUUGGUGCAAGGAAAAGGACUUUCUAGAGAGAUAUUUUAUGAAGCUCAAGGUGGUGAGGAUUUGGAUUUUGUAUCUGUUACUUUCUCAACGAGAGGUUCUGGUUCACCUCUUUAUGAUGGUAUAGACACACAGAUGAGUAUUCGUAUGUCCAAGCUGGAGUUUUUUUGCAACAGACCCACUCUAGUUGCUUUGAUUGGUUUUGGCUUUGAUCUGGGCUCUGUGAGUUACACGGCAAGUGUUACAGAUGUAAAUGAAGCUUUGGAUAAUAAAUCUUUGAUGAACAAACAAAAGGCUGAAGAAAGUGGUCGUAUUGAAGGGUUGCUGGGGUAUGGUAAAGCUCGUGUUGUAUUUUAUUUGAACAUGAACGUUGAUAGUGUCACUGUAUUUCUUAACAAGGAGGACGGAUCUCAGCUGGCAAUGUUUGUGCAAGAAAGUUUCCUUUUAGAUCUUAAGGUCCAUCCAGCAUCCCUUUCUAUUGAAGGAACAUUGGGAAAUUUGAGACUCCGGGAUAUGUCACUUGGAACAGAUAACUGCUUGGGUUGGCUAUGUGAUAUACGUAAUCCAGGGGUUGAAUCCCUUAUAAAGUUCAAAUUUAAUUCUUACAGUGCUGGAGAUGAUGAUUAUGAAGGGUAUGAUUACAGAUUGUGCGGGCGACUUUCUGCUGUUCGAAUUGUUUUUCUCUAUAGGUUUGUUCAGGAGAUAACAGUUUAUUUCAUGGAGCUUGCCACGCCACAUACAGAAGAAGUAAUUAAACUUGUUGAUAAAGUUGGUGAUUUUGAGUGGUUAAUUCAGAAGUCUGAAAUUGAUGGGGCUGCUGCUUUGAAGCUGGAUCUCACACUCGACACUCCGAUAAUUAUAGUUCCAAGGAAUUCAAUGAGCAAAGACUUCAUUCAACUUGAUGUGGGUCUGCUAAAGAUCACAAAUGAAAUAAGUUGGCAUGGAUUUCGAGAAAAAGAUCCUUCAGCUGUUCAUCUUGAUAUUCUUCAUGCUGAGAUUCUUGGAGUAAACAUGUCUGUGGGAAUUGAUGGUUGUAUUGGUAAACCACUGAUUCGUGAAAGCAGAGGGCUUGAUGUUUAUGUUCGACGGAGUUUGAGGGAUGUUUUUAGAAAGGUCCCAACAUUUGCUUUGGAAGUUAAGGUUGGGUUUUUGCAUGGUGUAAUGUCUGAUAAAGAAUAUGAUGUUUUUCUGAAUUGUACGUAUAUGAAUUUAAAUGAAACACCAAGCCUUCCUCCUAGUUUCCGUGGCAGCAAAUCUGGUUCUAAAGAUGCAAUGAGGCUGCUGGUUGAUAAGGUCAACAUGAAUAGUCAGAUGCUUCUAUCACGUAGUGUAACCAUUGUGGCAGCUGAAGUUAAUUAUGCACUGUUGGAGUUGUGUAAUGGCAUUCAUGAGGAAUCACCUUUAGCUCGUAUAGCUCUGGAAGGUCUUUGGGUAUCAUACCGCAUGACUUCAUUGUCAGAAACAGAUCUGUAUGUAACUAUUCCCACUUUUUCUGUUCUGGAUAUCCGCUCCAAUACAAAGUCUGAAAUGCGCCUCAUGCUUGGAUCAUCUGCUGAUGCUUCCAAACAAUCUUCCACUGGAAGCUUUCCUUUCUUCGUAAACAAGAGCAGCUUUAGCAGAGUAAAUUCUGAAGCUAGUCUUGACUUGGAUGUACCAAUUUCGACAAUGUUCUUGAUGGAUUAUAGAUGGCGAUUGUCCUCUCAGUCUUUUGUGCUUAGAGUUCAGCAGCCUCGAGUACUUGUUGUGCCGGAUUUCCUUCUUGCUUUGGGUGAGUUUUUUGUGCCAGCAUUGGGGGCAAUAACUGGAAGGGAAGAAACGAUGGACCCCAAGAAUGAUCCAAUAAGUAAAAACAAUAACAUUGUGCUUUCUGAUAGUAUUUAUAAACAGAAUGAAGAUGUUGUGCACUUGUCACCGAGUAGACAGUUGGUUGCUGAUACCCAUGGCAUUUAUGAGUAUACAUAUGAUGGCUGUGGAAAGACUAUAGUUUUAAGUGAAGAGAAUGAUACGAAGGAGUCACACUUGGCAAGGUUUCGUCCUAUUGUGAUCAUUGGAUGUGGUAAGAGGUUGCGAUUUGUCAACGUAAAAAUUGAGAAUGGUUCUCUUUUGAGAAAGUAUACAUACUUGAGCAAUGAUAGCAGCUACUCAGUCUUACCUGAAGAUGAUGUUAACGUAUUGUUGAUGGAUAAUUCAAGUUCUGAUGAUGACAAGAAGAUUGUAGAAAAUAUGGAUGAGUUAAUAAACGAUGCAAAGGCUUCUUCAUAUUCAGAAGAUGACCCGAAUGUUGUGCAGAGUUUCACUUUUGAAGCGCAGGUUGUUGCUCCAGAGUUCACGUUCUUUGAUGGUACCAAGUCUUACCUGGAUGAUUUGUCUUAUGGUGAAAGGCUUUUGCGCGCAAAAAUGGAUUUGAACUUCAUGUAUGCAUCAAAGGAAAAUGAUACCUGGAUUCGUGCCGUGGUCAAGGAUCUCACAAUUGAGGCUGGUUCUGGUCUUAUCAUUCUGGAUCCACUGGAUAUUUCGGGGGGAUAUACUUCCAUUAAAGAGAAAACAAACAUGUCUUUGCUAUCAACUGAUAUUUGUAUUCAUCUUUCAUUAAGUGCAAUUUCUCUGCUACUUAACCUUCAAAAUCAAGCUGCUGCAGCGUUGCAAUUUGGAAAUGCAGUUCCACUGGCUCCCUGCACCAAUUUCGAUAGAAUUUGGGUGUCACCUAAAGAAAAUGGAUCUCAUAACAAUCUUACCAUUUGGAGGCCACAAGCUCCAUCAAACUAUGUUAUAUUAGGAGAUUGUGUGACAUCAAGGCCAAUUCCUCCUUCACAGGCAGUACUGGCCAUAAGUAAUACAUAUGGGCGUGUGCGGAAGCCAGUGGGUUUUAAUCUUAUUGGCUUUUUCUCUCAUAUCCUUGGAUUGGAAGGAGUGGAUGGUCAUUCUGAUGUUGACAGUGAUUGUUCCCUUUGGAUGCCAGUUCCACCCCCAGGGUAUACUUCAAUGGGUUGUGUAGCAAAUAUAGGAAAAUAUCCACCACCAAAUCAUGCUGUUUAUUGCCUUCGCUCUGACCUUGUAACAUCUGCAACUUAUUCAGAAUGCAUGCUGAGUGCCUCAUCAAAUCAGCGGUUCACUUCUGGAUUUAGCAUCUGGCGUUUGGACAAUGUUAUUGGAUCAUUUUAUGCCCAUUCUUCAGCUGAAUGCCCUUCCAAAAAAAAUAGUUCUGACCUGAGUCAUCUUCUUCUCUGGAAUUCAGUUUGGUCCUAUGCAUCUCUUAAGGAAUCUGUUCCUGAGUUGGCUGUAGUCAAUGAUCAUGCUAGUCAGCAAACAAGUAAUCAGAGUGCUAGUUCAUCUGGGUGGGACAUUCUCAGGUCAAUUUCAAAAGCAACUAGUUGUUAUGUGUCGACCCCUCACUUUGAGAGAAUGUGGUGGGACAAGGGCAGUGACCUCCGUAGACCGGUAUCAAUUUGGCGGCCUAUUUCACGUCGUGGUUAUGCUGUAGUGGGUGAUUGCAUAACUGAAGGCUUAGAACCACCUGCUCUGGGCAUAAUUUUUAAGUCUGAUGAUCCAGAAAUCUCUGCAAAGCCUGUGCAAUUUACUAAAGUUGCCCAUAUCACAGGGAAAGGUUUUGAUGAAGUUUUCUUCUGGUACCCAAUAGCCCCCCCUGGUUAUGCUUCUUUAGGGUGUAUAGUUUCCAGAACAGAUGAAGCUCCGUGCAUGGAUUUGCUUUGCUGCCCUAGGAUGGAUCUUGUUAACCCAGCCAACAUUCCUGAAGUGCCCAUUUCCAGCUCUUGGAGCUCAAAGGCAUCCCAGUGCUGGAGUCUUUGGAAAGUUGAAAAUCAGGCUUGUACUUUUCUUGCUCGCUCUGAUAUGAAAAAGCCAUCAACACGGUUGGCUUACACUAUUGGUGAUUCUGUGAAGCCGAAGACACGGGAAAAUGUAACUGCUGAGGUUAAAUUAAGAUACUUCUCGCUAACUGUUUUAGACAGCCUACAUGGAAUGAUGACACCGCUAUUUGACAUGACUAUCACCAAUAUCAAGUUGGCAACACAUGGUCGGCUGGAGGCUAUGAAUGCAGUCCUCAUUUCCUCUAUUGCUGCUUCAACCUUUAACACGCAGUUAGAAGCAUGGGAGCCCUUGGUGGAGCCAUUUGAUGGCAUAUUCAAGUUUGAAACAUAUGAGGCCAAUGUGCAUGCACCAUCAAGACUUGGGAAGAGGAUGCGCAUUGCUGCUACCAACAUUUUAAAUAUAAAUGUCAGUGCAGCAAAUCUUGAUACUUUAGUGGAGACCAUUCUUUCGUGGAGACGACAGUUAGAGCUUGAACAGAAAGCGACCAAGCUGAUUGAGGACACCGGUGGUGCUUCUGGACAUGAAGAUCUGGCCUUUUCUGCCCUGGAUGAAGAUGAUUUACGGACUGUGAUAGUGGAGAAUAAACUUGGGAAUGAUCUGUUCCUUAAAAGGAUUGAGCAGAAUUCUGAAGUGGUUGACCAACUUCAUCAUGGUGACUGUGCUUCAGUUUGGAUUCCACCUGCAAGGUUUUCGGACAGGUUAAAUGUUGCCGAGGAAUCUAGGGAAGCGCGCUAUUAUGUUGCUGUACAGAUUCUUGUAGCCAAGGAUUUACCUAUAAUUGAUGAUGGUAAUAGCCACAACUUCUUUUGUGCUUUGCGACUUGUAAUUGAUAGUCAAGCAACAGAUCAGCAAAAACUUUUCCCGCAGAGUGCAAGGACAAAAUGUGUUAAGCCCUUAGUUUCAGACAUGGAGUACCCAAAUAAAGGCAAUGCAAAGUGGAAUGAACUUUUCAUAUUUGAAGUUCCCUGUAAGGGGGUUGCUAAGUUGGAGGUGGAGGUGACAAACCUUUCAGCUAAAGCUGGUAAAGGUGAAGUUGUUGGUGCGCUUUCUUUUCCUGUUGGACAUGGUGCAAAUAUUUUAAAGAAGGUAUCUUCAGCAAGGAUGCUGUCUCAACGUAAUCGUAUUGAGAGUAUUGAAUCAUAUCCACUGAGGAGAAAGUCCGACAUCGUUGAAGAUAUAUAUGACUAUGGAUACCUCUGUGUUUCCACUUCUUGUUUUGAGAGGAAUACAACUGCACUUUUUCAAAGAGAUGCAGAAAGCAAGGAUGGUUCUGACAAUGAUACAGGUUUCUGGGUUAGGCUUGGAACAGAGGGUUCAUGGGAGAGCAUUCGUUCACUGCUUCCAUUGUCAGUAGUUCCCAAAUCAUUACGAAGUGAAUUUAUUGCAAUGGAAGUUGUCAUGAAAAAUGGAAAGAAGCAUGCUAUUUUCAGAGGUCUUGCAAUGGUUGUAAAUGAUUCAGAUGUUAAUUUGGAUAUUUCAGUAUGUCAUGUUUCAAUGAUUCAUGAUUCAGGAUCAAGCAGUCAUAACAUAGUGGUAGAAGAAAUCUUUGAAAAUCAACGCUAUCAACCAAUUACUGGUUGGGGCAAUAAGUGGUCUGGUUUUCGUGGUAAUGAUCCUGGGCGCUGGAGCACCAAAGACUUCUCAUAUUCAUCAAAGGAUUUUUUUGAACCUCCUCUUCCCAAGGGGUGGCAAUGGAUAUCAACAUGGACUAUUGAUAAAUCCCAAUUUGUUGAUGAGGAUGGCUGGGCUUAUGGGCCUGACUAUCAAAGUCUGAGAUGGCCCCCAACUUCUUCAAAGUCAUAUAUUAAAUCAGGUCAUGAUGUGCGCAGGCGGCGCUGGAUCAGAACAAGACAACAAAUUGCUGACCAAGGCAAAAGUUACACAAAGAGUGACUUCACUACCAUAAGCCCUGGAUGUUCUACUGUAUUACCAUGGGGAAGUACAUCUAAAGAAUCUGACCAGUGUUUACGUGUCCGUCCUUGUGUCGAUUAUCCUCAGCCCUCGUAUGCUUGGGGUCAAAGCAUUGUUGUUGCUGGGGGUUCUAGUUUUGCAAGCGGAAAGGACCAACCUUGCUUAGAUCAAGGUUCACUAUAUAGACAAAAUACUUUGCCACAGGGAAGCAAAAUGCCCAAUUGUGCUCUCAAGUUAAAUGAACUAGAGAAGAAGGAUGUACUUCUUUGUUGUUGCCCUAGUGUUGGAAGCAGACAAAUUUGGCUCAGUGUAGGUGCAGAUGCGUCAGCCCUUCAUACAGAGCUUAAUCAACCUGUUUAUGAUUGGAAGAUCUCUGUUAAUUCUCCUUUGAAGUUGGAAAAUCGACUGUCCUGUCCAGCUAAGUUCACGAUCUGGGAAAAAGCAAAGGAAGGGAACUAUAUUGAGCGAGGGCAUAGUAUCAUAUCUUCGCGCAAGAGUGCUCAUAUAUAUUCAGUGGAUGUCCAAAGACCUAUAUAUCUUACAUUCUUUGUACAGGGUGGUUGGGCCCUGGAAAAGGACCCAGUUCUUAUUCUGGAUCUUUCUUCUAAUGCUCACGUUUCAUCUUUCUGGAUGUUCCACCAGAAAAGUAAAAGGAGAUUGCGUGUGAGCAUUGAACGAGAUAUGGGAGGAACCAGUGCUGCACCAAAAACGAUAAGGUUUUUUGUUCCAUAUUGGAUCAUUAAUGAUUCAUCACUGCCUCUAGCAUAUCAAGUGGUGGAAAUUGAAGGUUCAGACAGUGCAGACAUGGAUUCACACUCACUAUCUAGAGCAGUUAAAUCUGCGAGAACAGUUUUGAGGACCCCUUCAUACUCAAUGGAAAGGAGACAUUCUGGUUCAAGGAGAAACAUCCAAGUACUUGAAGCUAUUGAGGACACCAGUCCAAUACCUAGUAUGCUUUCCCCACAAGACUUUGCAGGUCGUAGUGGUGUUAUGCUGUUUCCAUCGCAGAAGGAUACAUAUGUGUCCCCUCGGGUUGGCAUUGCUGUUGCUAUUCGUAAUUCUGAAACUUACAGUCCUGGGAUUUCCCUUCUUGAGCUUGAAAAGAAGGAACGUGUUGAUGUAAAAGCAUACAGUUCAGAUGGGUCAUACUAUAAGCUUUCAGCUCUAGUGAAUAUGACCUCAGACAGAACAAAGGUCAUUCAUCUUCAGCCACACAUGUUAUUUAUCAAUAGGGUUGGUUUCAGUCUUUGCCUGCAGCAGUGUGAUUGUCAGAUAGUGGAAUGGAUCCAUCCCGCUGAUCCUCCAAAACUCUUUAGAUGGCAGAGUUCUUCAAAAAUUGAGCUGUUGAAGUUGUGGGUGGAUGGAUAUAAGUGGAGUACACCUUUUAGUGUUUCUAGUGAAGGUGUGAUGCGUGUUUCUUUGAAAAAUGACACUGGAAGUGAUCAGUUGCUGUUUAAGGUUGAAGUUCGGAGUGGAACAAAAAGCUCACGCUAUGAAGUUAUCUUCCGUCCAAAUUCCUCAUCAAGUCCUUACAGGAUUGAGAAUCGUUCCAUUUUUUUACCACUUCGCUGCCGGCAAGUGGAUGGUACCAGUGAUUCAUGGCACUUUCUUCUUCCCAACACUGCUGUUUCUUUCUUAUGGGAAGAUCUUGGUCGACAACAUUUGUUGGAAAUCCUUGCAGAUGGGACUGACCCAUCAAGGUCAGAAAUCUACAAUAUUGAUGAGAUUUUCGAUCACCAGCCCGUUGAUGUGACACUACCUGCCAGAGCUUUACGAGUUACCAUCCUAAAAGAAGAAAAAGUAAAUGUUGUUAAGAUCAGUGACUGGAUGCCUGAAAAUGAGCCUACAGCAAUCACCAGCCAAAAAAUUCCAUCCUCAUUGUCAGAGUUCUCUAGAAAUGAGCCUAAUCAACAGCAAUUGCAGUCCACCUCAGAAUGUGAGUUUCAUGUUAUAGUUGAGCUUGCGGAGCUUGGGGUGUCCAUUAUUGACCAUACGCCUGAGGAGCUAUUAUAUCUGUCAGUGCAAAAUCUUCAUUUGGCAUAUUCAACUGGCUUGGGCACUGGGUUUAGCAGGUUCAAAUUAAGAAUGAGCGGAAUUCAAAUGGAUAACCAGUUGCCAUUAACUCCAACACCAGUUCUCUUCAGGCCACAGAGAAUUGGGCAGGAGACAGAUUAUAUGUUGAAAAUUUCUGUGACUCUACAGACAAAUGGAUCACUGGAUCUAUGUGUCUAUCCAUAUAUAGGUUUCCAUGGGCCUGAUAAUUCUGCAUUUUUGAUAAACAUUCAUGAACCUAUUAUAUGGCGCAUUCAUGAGAUGAUACAGCAGGUCAACCUCAGUAGGUUAUAUGAUACUAAAACUACCGCAGUUUCAGUUGAUCCGAUCAUUCAAAUUGGGGUUCUCAACAUCUCAGAAGUUCGACUGAAAGUUUCGAUGGCUAUGUCACCUAGCCAACGGCCUAGGGGAGUACUUGGUUUUUGGUCAUCCUUAAUGACUGCAUUAGGGAACACUGAGAAUUUGUCAGUCAAGAUAAACCAAAGGUUUCAUGAGAAUGUGUGCAUGAGGCAGAGUACUAUGAUUAAUAAUGCUAUUUCAAACGUCAAAAAGGAUCUUCUUGGCCAACCGCUUCAAUUGCUCUCUGGCCUUGAUAUAUUGGGCAACGCAAGCAGUGCUCUUGGACAUAUGAGUAAAGGAGUGGCUGCUUUAUCAAUGGAUAAGAAAUUUAUUCAAAGCCGGCAGAGACAGGAGAACAAGGGUGUGGAGGACUUGGGUGAUGUUAUUAGGGAAGGGGGUGGAGCACUAGCGAAAGGCCUGUUCAGAGGAGUUACUGGCAUAUUAACAAAGCCUCUUGAAGGCGCAAAAACUUCCGGUGUUGAGGGCUUUGUUCAGGGUGUUGGAAAAGGAAUAAUAGGUGCAGCUGCACAGCCAGUGAGUGGGGUUCUGGAUCUUUUGUCAAAAACUACUGAAGGUGCAAAUGCUAUGAGAAUGAAGAUAGCAUCUGCUAUAGCUUCAGAUGAACAGCUCCUCCGCAGGAGGCUGCCUCGUGUAAUUAGUGGUGAUAAUCUGCUUCGACCAUAUGAUGAGUACAAAGCACAAGGGCAGGUCAUAUUGCAAUUGGCGGAGUCAGGUUCUUUCUUUGGCCAGGUUGAUCUAUUCAAAGUACGGGGAAAAUUUGCAUUAUCAGAUGCAUAUGAAGAUCAUUUCUUGCUACCAAAGGGAAAAACUAUUAUGGUUACUCAUCGAAGAAUAAUAUUAUUGCAACAAACCACUAAUAUCACUCAGAGGAAAUUCAACCCAGUGAGGGAUCCGUGUUCAGUUUUGUGGGAUGUAAUGUGGGAUGAUCUGGCAACAAUGGAGUUAACUCAGGGAAAGAAAGACCAACCAAAAGCUCCACCUUCACGGCUCAUACUUUAUUUAAAGACUAGACCAACAGAUACAAAAGAACAAGUUCGUGUCAUAAAAUGCAGCCGAGAUACUCAUCAAGCUCUUGAAGUUUGCUCUUCAAUUGAACGAGCAAUGAAUACAUAUGGACAAAACCUUGCGAAGGAGCUGCUCAAGAAGAAAGUUACAAAACCAUAUUCACCGGUUACUGAUGGAACUGGUGUUGAAAUGAUUCCGAAAGAAGUGACCUGCACCUUGUCUCCUCAACAGGUGCCUGCAUUGGUUCCUAUGAGAUCAACCUUUGGCAGCAGCAUCAACUAACUUAAGAAUCUGUGCCAAUGGCGAAUUUUUAACAUCAAUUUCCAAGACUACUACUGGGGAAUCAAAAUGUUUCAGCACCCAUAUCCCCGCCAGCUAAGGUAUGGCAUUGAAGCUUCCGUUUUUGACCAUUUGAAUGAGCGUUAGCUCAGUGUAAGGGUAUUAUUACACCAUUGGGAGUUUUGUAGUGGAGGAAUACUUUGCCAAGCCCCUUAGAAAAUAUGGAUAUGGUCGAUAUCGCCCCCCGCGAACAUUAGAUGCUUGAUACGUACCUCGGACAUUGUUGAAUGUACAUAGGUAUCUCUUCAUAGAAACAGCUUAUGCAGUAAAUAUCUGAUCUGAUACAAUUCAUCAGGCGCUUCUCGAAAUGUACAGUUUUUAACAUUUCUUGUACAUGUCUACAGUUGACACAAGAAAGCCGGUUUUCUGGCUCAUCAUAAUCAUGCAUCAUCGUGGCUGGUAAGCAAAGUUCAGUAGUUGGCCCUAAGUGUAUGGUGCAGUGUAUAAUAUAUCGUUUUCAAUUAGUCAACUUUUUAGAUGAAAUAUAUUCAAAAUUC